GGAAUAUGUUGCGGUCGCAGCAGAGUAGCUGCAAAUGUUUUGACGAACCGGGCCGUUUGGCCCUGCCAGGCCCAACAUGGGGAGCCGUAGUUGGCAGCAGCAGCAUCCGGAUUCACCUUGGAUCGACUGCGUGCUGCUGCAUAUGGGGAAAUCGUGGACGCACAUCCAAAUAAGCCCGUGGGACCGGUGGGUAGGGUGCAGACAGCAGAACUGUCAUAGGGGGUGGGGCGAUCGCAGGUACACCAUGCAUUGGAAUGGUAGCAGGGCGAUCGUUACAUGUUUGUCAGUUUCUAAGCAUUUGCCCUUCGCUUAGUUAGAAGGCCCGUCUCAGGAGUUCGGCUUUUGCUUGCACCGCGACUUGCACCGCAUACUUACAGUUGCUCGAGCAAAAUCUGCGGAUCCGUUGAAGGCCACGCUGACAUAUAGCAUUUGCGAACACUUCGGGCGAUAGAAACUCUUAGCACCGUCCAUCAAUCAAACAGUACUGACGAAUGCAGUCCACGCUUCCUUCCUGUUCCUCACGGAACGUGUUCGGAGCGAAGCGGCAAGCGCGUGCUGGUCGCGUGGUCGUUCGUGCUGAAACAGCUGCUCGGGACAAGCCGGCGUGGACUGGUGACUCGGUUCUGUCCAGGGUGGUCAACUGGGCCAUUGACACGCCAGCCCUGUACGGCGCCAUGAAGGUGCUGGCCAAGAACGCCAUGAAGAACUCGGCUGAGAGCCGCGGCGUCAAGUGGGACGCACACGUCAAGGAAAUGGAGAAGCUCAAGGAGCUGGAGGCCAUCAAGUCUGAGCUGGAGGACCCGGGCCUGCAGCCCUACCCCGACUACUACCUCAAGCCCUUCCACGCCUACGAGACCGGCAACCUGGAGUGGCUGGCGGCGUGGGAGGUGCAGCCCGCCACGUACGCCAUGGGCAUUCGCACCUUCAAGGACCACCCGGACUGGAGCGCUGAGAAGUGCUUUGUGGAGAUGCGCAGCCGCCAGACCGACACCAUCAAGUCCUACCACGCGCAGCACGGGCUGCCUCUGCCCCGCCGCAUUGUGGACAUGGGCUGCUCAACCGGCAUCUCCACAACCUGGUUCGCGCAGCAGUUCCCCGACACGGACGGCCCCAUCGUGGGCCUGGACCUGUCGCCCUACAUGCUGGCGGUGGCGGAGUGGGAGCGCAGGAGGCAGCAGCAGCAGCAGGCGGCCAACCAGCCGCGCUCCGCCCCCAUCAAGUACGUUCACGGCCUGGCGGAGAAGAGCCCCUUCGGCGCGGCCUCCCAGGACAUGGUGGUGUUCAACUUCGUCAUUCACGAGUGCCCGCAGCACGCCAUUGACUCGUUCGUGUCUGAGGGCCUGCGCAUCAUCAAGCCCAACGGCGUACUGUGCUUCAUCGACAACAACCCCAAGUCCAAGACCAUCCAGAACCUGCCCGCCCCCAUCUUCACGCUCAUGAAGUCCACCGAGCCCUGGUCCGACGAGUACUACAGCUACGACCUGGAGGCCGCCAUGCGCGCCGCCGGCUUCCGCGAGGUGGUGACUGUGGAGACGGACCACCGCCACCGCUGUGUCAUGGGCAUCCGGCCCUAGGCGCCACCACCACCCCAAAAGGGCCCCCCUGUGAAGGAGGCGUAGGCAGUGGUGUGGGCAGAGGAGGCGGGGGCGGAGGCAGAGGAGGUGUGGGUGGUGCGCAGGAUGUGCCCCGGCUGGGCGUGGAAGACUGGGGAGCUGUGAUCACGGAGCUGUGAUCUGGGCGGCUUGCUUUCAGCAGCAGCGGCAGCAACGGCAGUGCGCAGUAGCGGCCGUGGCAAUAGCAGCUGUGGCAGUAGCGGCCGUGGCAAUAGCAGACAGGGCAAUAGCAGAUGCGGCAAUAGCAGACAUGGCAGUAGCAGACGCUGCAGUAGCUGACGACGGCAGUGCGCAGUAGCAGCAUUUUAUCCUGUGGGGCUAGUGAGUGCAGUUGCCGGCUUUUGGGUUGACUGGAAGGCGCCGGUUGGAGUCAGCAGCUGGCUACGUGGAAGGGGGGCCGCAGGCAGAGCAUGAUUGCAUCCAAAGGGGGUGCUUUUUUACAUUUCAUGGGUGUGGAUUCGCCGGUUUGGAAUGUGGUGUGGGUGGUGUGCCCGGUGAGUUUUGAAUGCAGUGGGUGAUCACAGAUUUGUGGAAUUGUAGGGGCGAUGGCGGUGAUCGUGGAAGUGACGUCACGUACUCGCCGAGAAGGCUGUCCGGACUCAGGCGCGUCAAGCUUUCUAUGUCCUGAAGGAUACGUUUUGCUAAACAGCUGGCGUCCCAUUCUGAAUGUAGUCUAAUGAGAUCAUGCAGGCCCAAGGGUGCCAAGAUAGCUGUCGGUUUCGGCCCCCAGACCGAACGCCUGAUAUUUCGGGCGCCGCGCCGCGCGAGCCGCAGCCGGCUAGUGCGACCGCCGCUGCGACGCAGCAGUGGCAAUGUAAUGACAAUGUGAU